AUUUCUCCGUGUCACAAUAUGUCUCUCGUUGAACGCAUAACAAAGGGAGGUUCUUUUAAAUUUCACUAUUAAAUUAUAUAUUGUGACACUAAUAAAGUAAUUGAUAAUAAAUAUUUGUAUAAAAACUUUUCUACUACUAUAAAAGAAUAUUUUAGGUGUUAUUUCAUGACAGUUUUUAAUCAAAUUUGGUUUGUAUUCGUAAUAUGAAGGUUAGCCACGAGAUGGAGAAACAAUUUAAAAAAGUAGCCAAUAUGAAUGAAAAUUUAAAAUGGUAUGAAGAAUAUCCUAAAAGUGAGGAACCAUAUAAACAUUCUAAAUCUGAAACAGAAAUAUCAGAGUUAAAAGUUAAAGCAAAACGAUAUUUAGAUGCAGAAACUUCUGUUUAUCAAUUGAAAGAAUCAAAAUCUUCUGAUUCAGAAACAACAUGGUUAAGAACGGCAUUAACACAGGGUACCAUGUCAGACAAAAUAGCAGCUGCUAUUGUAUUAGUACAGGAUAAGCCAAAAUACAAUUUAAGUAGACUUACAAUGCUUAUAAAUCAAGUACGAAUAGCAAAACAUAAUCAAUGCAACAUGAUAAUCACAUCUUUGAGAGAUUUGUUUUUAUCGGAUUUGCUUCAUCCUCAGUUUAAAUUAUUUAAAUUUGAAGAACAAAAUUUAAACGAACUAACCAAAUCUAAUUCUGAGGAUACAAUAAUCAAAUCAGAUGCAUCAAAGAACAAAUUAAUGGCCCAUUGGUACUUUGAAGAUCAACUACUUGAACACUAUGAACGUUUUGUUAUAUCUUUGGGCACCAUUGCAUCAGAUACAGUUGAUGCAAACCGUGAAAUAGCAAUAUCAGUAAUGACAGAUUUAUUAAUAGGAAAUUCUGAACAAGAACAUAAACUGUUGGAGUUGAUUGUAAAUAAAAUAGGAGAUCCAAGCAGUAAAGUAGGAUCCAAAGUGAUAUUUUGUUUAAAUAAAUUAUUACAUGAACAUCCAAACAUGAAACCUAUUGUAUUGAAAGAAGUUGAAAAGAUAUUGUUCCGAAAAAAUGUAGCACAACGAGCACAAUACUAUGCAAUUUGUUUAUUAACACAAUUUCUAUUAAAUAAAGAGGAUGAAAAAAUUGCUUCUACUCUUAUUGAAGUAUAUUUUGCAUUUUUCAAAGCAUGUUUGAAAAAAGGGGAACCAGAUAGUAGAAUGAUGGCAGCAAUUUUAACUGGUGUUAAUAGAGCAUUUCCAUUUGCAAGAAUGGAUUCAAACAUAUUAUCUAAUCACAUAGAUUCUGUGUACAAAGUUGUACAUAUUGGAUCUUUCAAUGUUUCUUUAAAUGCCCUUAAUUUAUUAUAUCAAAUUACUGGAAAAGAUGAAGUCCAAUCAAAUAGAUUUUAUUCAACAUUUUAUAGAAAAUUACUAGAUCCGCAGAUAGGAGUAGCAAAUAAACGUGCACUAUUCCUUAAUUUAUUGUUUAGAGUUCUUAAAAAUGAUCGUAAUAUACAACGUUUGUAUUCAUUUAUUAAAAGAAGUUUACAAAUUGCAUUAUAUUUUCCUGCAAAUAUGUUAUGUGCAAUUUUAUAUAUAAUAUCUAAAAUUUUACAUACAAAAAAGCAAUUAAAAGAUUUGUUGUUAAAUCCUCAAAUGUGUAUUAAAAAUGAAGCCGAAAACAGUUUAUUGAGUGCACAAGAUAAUGUAUCCGAUAAACCUAAUGAGGACUUAGAAGAGUCUGUUAUAUUAACAAAUGUUACAACUGAAUUGUAUACAAAUGAGGAAACUAAGUCUGAAAAGAAAAUGGAAAAUGAUACAAAAAUAGAAUUUGACAAAAAAAAAGAAUAUGAUCCGUUUUGCCGUAAUCCUCUUUAUGCUGGAAUAACUAAAGGCUUAAAUACUGAACUUAUAGCGCUAUCUAAACACUAUCAUCCCAGUGUGGUUUUAUUUGCAAAUACUAUUAUUGAGGGGAAACCAAUAGAUUAUACAGGCGAUCCAUUAGAAGAUUUAUCUUUAAUGCGUUUCUUGGAUCGUUACGUUUUCAAAAAUCCAAAGAAAUUGGACGAUAAGAAGAUACAAAAGAAGAAUGAUCCCUUAGCACAGCGUGCUGGAUAUACACCUAAAGGUAUCAGAUGUAUUCCUGUUGACAGUGUUUCAUAUGUUAAUGAAAAGGAAGAACGUAUCCCAGUGGAUGAAUUAUAUUUAUAUUGCUAUUUAAGAAAGAGAAAGGAAUUUAAACAAACAGCUAAAGAAGAUGAUGAUGUAGAAAGUGUUAAUAGUGAAGAAUUUAAUGAUAUGUUAGAUAGAUUAACAGAUGGUAAAGAUUUUGAAGAUUUAGAUAUUAUAGGAGACAUUCAAACCGUGAAAACAAAGAAUAAAGAUAUUGAAAAUGAGGAAGAUUUAGAGGAUGAUAGUGCUAAAAGUGAAGCGAGUAAUGAUUUUGAUGAUAUAGAAUAUGCAAAAGAAUUAGAUGAAAACGAUGAUACAGAUUACGAAUUGCAAGAUGCGAGUGAUAUUGAUUUAGAUUUAGAUGACGACGUAAGUGAUAUGGAUUUUGACGAAGAUAUUGACAACGAUGAAAAUAUUUUUGGUGAUGAUAUUCAGUCCAAUAAGAAUAAACAGAGCAACAAAAAAUAUGAAGGAAAAAGUAAAAUAAAAAAUUCCAAAGGAAUUGACAGUAACAUAUUUGUAUCGGCAGAGAAAUUUGCAGAAAUGCUUGAAGAACAUAGCAAACAAAAAAAUAAACAUGGCGGUACAAAUGUAUUUAACGUUGCGGAUGGUGCAAACACUAAACAAAUAGAAUGGGAAACGAAACGACACCAUAAACUUAAUGGCUUAUUCAAUCGUAAGAAACGAAAAGGUUCUAAAAUGUCUCGAAAAAAUGUAAAAAAGAGUAAAUAUUAA